CCUAAAUGAACUGACAACUCACCAAACCUGAGUCUGAGAGGAAUAAACGCAUUAUUGUUGUCUAAUUUACGCUCAGUAAGCACGUAUUAAUCUUGAAACAAAAAGGUGUAAGACAAAAUGGCAAGUCCACGAACGAAACGGGUGUUAAAAGAUCUUCGUCUUCAAGAAAACAAUAACAAAUGCUUUGAAUGUGGUGCUCACAAUCCCCAGUGGGUCAGUGUAAGCUAUGGAAUCUGGAUAUGCUUAGAAUGUUCAGGAAAACACAGAGGAUUGGGAGUACAUCUAAGUUUUGUACGGUCAGUAUCUAUGGAUAAAUGGAAAGAUUCAGAGUUAGAGAAAAUGAAAGCAGGAGGAAACCAGAAGGCCUUGGAAUUCUUUCAGUCACAGUCAGACUACUCAGAUGGAAUGUCCAUACAAGAAAAAUACAAUUCCAGAGCAGCAGCAUUGUUAAGAGACAAGAUAACAACUAUAGCAGAGGGGAAACCCUGGAGUAUAGCAACGUCCUCAGCUAAAGACUACGUAGCAUUUAAACCCCGAACCUCCCUGCCAAAAUCCUCUAGCUAUACCCAGAACCACUCUAACGGCUACAGCAAUUUAGGAGCAGAUGAUUACCAGGAUAGCUACCAAGACGCUGAAUUUUACAAAAGUGAUAGCUUUAAAAAGAAGAGAGAUGACUUCUUUGAUCGCCAACAAAGAGAAAAUGCAUCCAGGCCAGAAAAUUUACCUCCUAGCCAGGGAGGAAAAUAUGUAGGAUUUGGAAGUAAUCCUGCUCCCCAGCCAAAAGGUGAUGACUUCUUUGACUCAACGCUUUCAUCGCUAUCUUCGGGAUGGUCAUCAUUUACACUGGGAGCAUCCAAGUUUGCUUCAGUUGCUUCUGAAAAGGCUGUUAAAGCUGCUGGUGUUGCCUCUAAAAAGACUAAAGAGUUUGGACAGUCAGUUAAUGAAUCGGUUAUAAAACCUACUAAGGAAAAGGUUAAAGAAGGUAAAAUUCUGGAUGAUGUUUCAACAUCUAUGUCCAGUUUUGCCAAUAGAGUUAAAGAAGGUACCUUAAUAAACGACGUUGGGACGUCCAUGAGUGGGUUUGCAGCAAAGAUCAGCUCAAAGGGGUGGAGCAAUUUUUCCUUGUGGGGUGAUGCUAAAUCCCCAACAGGAGGCCCUGGAGAGAAGUCCUCACUACUCAAGGAUAAAUCAUCAAGCAAUGAUGACCCCAGUGAGAACAGUCUGUUAGACAAUGAGGAGGAGGAUUCCUGGGGAGGCUGGGAGGAACAGAACUCCUGGCAGAACAACAAGGAACCUCAAACCAAGAAGAAAAACAAACCCCAGAAACUCAGCGAGGAGGAUGAAUUCGAGGCCUGGUUAAACGACGACCAGCCUCUGCAAUCCUCGAAAACAAAAUCAAAAAGUAAAGAUGGCUGGGACGAUUGGGGUGAAGACAAGACAGACAAAAAGUCGAAAAAAUCGGACAAAAAUGUGAAAAAGGGGGGAGAGAAAUCAUCGGGAGGGGAUGGAUGGAGUGAUGUGAACUGGGAGUCAGACUUUUCCUCCCCUCAGAAACAGAAGGAGCCCCUGGUGGGGAACCUGCUGGACUUUGGUGAGGGGGAGACGGGGGGCACCAGCUCGGGGUGGGACAAUGAAGUGUGGGCGGCGGAGGAGGAGAAUGAGGAGGAUUGGCAGAGUCUAGAGGAGAGCUCCAAGUUAAAAUGAUCUCCGUCGUAGAUUUAGGAUUUUAUGUAAUGUUCUCUGUGCCAGUAUUGUAACGAUUUAAAACACUAUCUCAGCAUCAUCAAGGGGAAUUCACAUUAUCCUGUACAUCUUAUGUGUCAUAUUGUGUGCAUUGUAUUAGGAUCUUGUGAGUUGUUUGUCCUCAUUAUAAAGUACCAUGUGCUUUUGCAGUAUGUAAAGUCUGCCUGUGAAUAUGCUUUUUAAGGGACUAUAUUUCUAUUAACUUUGUACUGAAUAAGACCUGAUAUUUAAGAGGUACAUGUAAAUAAAUAAAAAUCCACAUUACAAUCAGUAUGCCUGGAAGCAUACUUUGUCUGUUGAUAUAUUUAUGAAUUUCAUGCAUAUAAACGUACAUAUACAAUUUGUUGCCCCAAAUCUCCACUUAAAUCAUUUUAUUGUCAUUUUAAUGCAGAAUGGCAAAAUGUAUAUGAUGUGUACGGGGUUUCAGAGAAGACAACUGUGCAAUAAUUAAGAUUAUUUGUGAUAAAAAUUAUAUUUAUCAAAUGAACGAAGUGUGAAUGUGCGAUGGACUUUAAUUUGUUGUUGAAAGGAAUAGGUAAAGAAUUUGGAGAAAAUUAAUUGUUACAGAAUUGAUGAUAAGUUAAAAUUUAUAUGAUGUUAUGAUUAGUCAUUUAGACAUAAUUCUUAAUGUAUAUUCAUAUUCAGAAAGUAAUAUCUAAGUAUUUAGUAAUCUUUCAUAAUUUUCAAAUUUUAAAAACUUGAUGAAAAGUAUUACAUUAAUGCAUGUGGGUACUUCUUUUUAAAAUAGUCAGAUAAUUUUAAAAGAAUUUCUACAAUUCUUGCUGAGUUACAGCUGAUAUACAUGUACUACAGAAUUAAUGAAGUCUAAUAUUAUUUUAGUUUAGCAUGUUUGCUUUGUUAAAAUUCAGAUUUUCUUGUUCUGAAGCUGUAAUGUGAUGAAUCAUAGGCAACUUUCUAAUUUUGGGUUACCAAAAAUAAAUUUUGAAUCAGAUGAGUUACAGUGUCUGUAAAAAGCUGAGUUUUUUAAAAGAAAAUUAUUUUCAACAAAUCUUACAUUUAGCAUUCAUUUUGGUGCAUAGAUUUGUUGUACAAGGGGCCAUUUUCUUUUGAUGUUUGUGACAAAGAAGGCUGUAUAAAAACAAAAAUUUAAAUGAAAUAAAUAUUUUGAAAAUUUUAA